GAAGCCCGCACUGCCUGUGACAAGAUCCGCGGAUUGAUUGCGGCAACAUACCACGAGAUGUCGCACCAGGCCCACAAUAUCCCAUGGAGCCUUCUGGCCUCAAAUCUGUACUGGACAACUCAUUCUCGUGGAGCUUAUAAUUUCACAAACCUCCGCCCGAGGAUGAAACCUAAUCAAGGCAGAGAGAUCACUUAUUUCAUCAAAGCGUUCCUACGGACCAUCGACGAGCAUUCGGUAUGCGAGCGCAAGAAAUACCCUUCUACAUAUGAUCCGGCAGAUCCAGCAGAUAUUAUUCUAGACUCAGUCACCGUUCAGAAAAUUACGCCUACCGUGCGCAGAUGGCGUAGCUAUGGCUUCGAGGACAGAUGUCCUAGUGGCAUUUGCCGAGUAACCCAAGAGGAGUGCCAAUGCAUACCAAUCCCAGAUGAAGAGAGACGGGCGUCUGCGUUCCUCCGACCUUAUGGUCACAGAUAUUGUUACCAGUUCUUCCAUAUGAAUUCCGAGGCGUUCUUUAAUGUCGAAGUGGUGAAGACUUUGCUGUUAUACGGGGAGAUGGACACUAUUCUCCGCGCGUGUGCUCUUCCCGGAGUAUGUCUGGAGCGAUGGUGGAGUGAUAGAGAAUGUCAGUGUGCGAACCCUGAUCUAGGAUGGGACCAAGUAUGUAUUAAGGCCCUUAGGGCCUAUAUAUGUCUGAACACGAUCUCCUGUAUUCCAAAGAUAUGGGAUGACGCUUCAGGCAAAACCGCGGAAACAGACUACCGAAACAGCAAGUUCUAUCAGUAUACGCUGAGAACAUGCACAGGAACGGGCGCUGCAUCAGACGUGAGCGCGUAUCCUCAUCGGCAGUUCUUUGGAAUACGCGACGACCAGUUUCGGGGCGAGUUCCUUGACCCUAAAAUUAGAAAGAGCCAUUGGCUCCGUUGGGUGGACCCCAAACAUGACAAUACUUUCCGUCGUCCAGUCAAACAUUAUGGGAAGGUCCCCAUCAGCGAAUUCCUCACUUUGGAGAAUGCAACGAUAGAAGGUCACCAGCCAGGUCUAUCCGACGUGGUGCUUGUUCGGGACUACCUGUAUCAAAUGGGACUUCCAGCGGAGCUGGUGUUACAUGUCAUGGAGCUCGCUGGAUAUGAGCCGUUGGGGAGAUUGAGCGAGCCACAUGAUCCUUUCCACCCAUCAAACCGUGAAGAACUAGGUCGGUACCUCAAAUAUUGCUGGCGACUGCUAGUCCACUGUGACAUGAUGGCUAAUGCUCUUGGCAUGAAACUUCCAUGGGAGGAACUACUCGGUGACUGUAUCGUUGACUUUUGGGCUGAUGAGGGCUGUGGGCGUGGAAGGUUCUUUUGGGCACCACUGAACGAAUAUUCUGACCCAUUGCCCAAAGUUUUUGUCAAGCCUUGA